AUCUUCUGCUAGUGAAGAAGGGCAUGGUCAAGACUUGGCAUAUGCUUUAUAAUACUUUCUCUCACCCGUGCCCUCAGGGAUUGCCUCCUUUGAAUAGCACCAGCAGCCUCCUCUAUCCAAUAUUAUGGAAUCAUGGCUUUCUAACAGUUCAGAAUGAUCUGCUUUUCAGAUAAUACCAUCCAGUCGAUCUUCUGCUGUUGCUGUUGCUGUUCGGUGCAGAAGCGACAAGUGAGGACACAAAUAAGCCUUAGCAAAGAUGAAGAGCUUUCAGAAAAAUACACGCAGCGUCGCAGACCGUGGUUCAGUGAAUUGCCAAGUAAGAAGCAAUCCAACAGGGGCCGAGUGCAACCAUCCAAACGCAAGCCGCUGCCUCCCCUCCCACCCUCUGCGGUUGCUGAAGAGAAGAUCCAAGUCAAGGCACUGUAUGAUUUCCUGCCCAGAGAGCCCUAUGAUUUAGCCUUAAAGAGAGCAGAGGAAUACCUGAUCUUGGAGAAGUAUGAUCCUCACUGGUGGAAGGCAAGAGACCGCUUGGGGAAUGAAGGCUUAAUUCCAAGCAACUAUGUGACGGAAAACAAACCAACCAAUUUAGAAAUAUAUGAGUGGUACCAUAGAAAUAUUACCAGAAAUCAGGCAGAACGUCUUUUGAGACAAGAGUCGAAAGAAGGUGCAUUUAUUGUCAGAGAUUCAAGACAUUUGGGAUCCUACACCAUUUCUGUGUUUGUAACAGCUCGGAGAGGAAUGGAGGCUACCAUCAAACAUUAUCAGAUUAAAAGGAAUGACUCAGGACAAUGGUAUGUGGCUGAAAGACACCUCUUUCAAUCAGUCCCCGAGUUGAUCUGGUAUCACCAGCACAACGCAGCCGGGCUCAUGUCCCGUCUCCGCCACCCAGUUGGGCUGAUGGGCAGUUGUUUACCGGCCACAGCUGGUUUUAGCUAUGAAAAAUGGGAGAUAGAUCCAUCUGAGUUGGCUUUUGUAAAGAAGAUCGGAAGCGGCCAGUUUGGGGUGGUCUAUUUAGGUCAAUGGCGAGCGCAUGUCCAGGUGGCUAUCAAGGCCAUCAACGAAGGCUCCAUGUCUGAAGAGGAUUUCAUUGAAGAGGCUAAAGUGAUGAUGAAGUUAUCUCAUUCAAGGCUUGUUCAGCUUUAUGGAGUGUGUAUACAGCAGAAGCCCCUUUAUAUUGUGACGGAGUUUAUGGAAAAUGGCUGCCUGCUUGACUAUCUCAGAGAUAGAAAAGGAAAGCUUAAGAAGGAGAUGCUACUGAGUGUAUGUCAAGAUAUCUGUGAAGGGAUGGAGUAUCUGGAGAGAAACUGCUUUAUCCAUAGGGAUUUAGCGGCGAGGAAUUGUUUGGUCAGUUCUGCAAGUAUAGUAAAAAUUUCGGACUUUGGAAUGACAAGGUACGUUUUGGAUGAUGAAUACAUCAGUUCUUCUGGAGCCAAGUUCCCCAUCAAGUGGUCCCCUCCUGAAGUUUUCCAUUUCAAUAAGUAUAGCAGCAAAUCUGACGUCUGGUCAUUUGGAGUUUUGAUGUGGGAAGUUUUUACAGAAGGAAAAAUGCCUUUUGAAAAUAAGUCAAAUUUGCAAGUUGUAGAAGCAAUUUCUAAAGGCUUCAGGCUGUACAGACCUUACCUGGCACCAAUGUCCAUAUAUGAAGUCAUGUACAGCUGCUGGCAUGAGAAACCUAAAGGCCGCCCAACGUUUGCAGAGCUGCUGCGGGUCCUCACAGAGAUUGCAGAAACCUGGUGACCUGAAGAGAAUGCCAACCCAGAGCAUCAUCGUGCAAGAUUGUCACAAAAGGAAACCUGGGUGGGGUCACUGAUGGUGAAUAUCUUCCUUUAGAGUAGCUGACUCUUGGAAACAGGGCAAAGAUCCCAGGCUUUUUCAACUCUUUAGAGCUUAAGGAUAUUCAGACAAUACUUUUUACGUGUGUAUUUGAGAGUGACUUCUAAACUCUGAUUUCUCUGUCCUAUUCUUCAUGUCCCGUAUGUGAGGAAGGGGAAAAUGUUCCGCAAUGGUCUUUAUAGUGGCUGCUUUUCAUGAGAAGAGCCCAGAGAGCCCCCAAGCGUACCAGAAAACCUGAUCCUUUACUGAGGAAAAGCCAGAAGAGGAGGAACAUUCUUUACUUUGGUGGCCCAUACGUAGAAGAUGAAAAUAAAUUCUGCACUCCUGGAAUAAGGGAGUCACCCCUGCAGAAUUUCAUGCUUUUGAACUGUAGAGAUCUCUAUGAAAAGUGCACCCUUACAAACCACAUGUAUGGGGGCAUUCUGGAACUGUCUUUUAUAAUCUUCCCUAUGUUAUUCUACAAAUUAUUUUUGCACAGAUCGGAUUAUUUUGGAGACAGUUUCCUGUGUUCCAGUACUGAAUACUGUUAUAGGAGAACGUUCUUCUUUGGACAGAUCCUGGUGAUGAUUCUAUUUCUAGUGAGAUCCGUUGUCCAGGACAGUUCAGAACCCGAAUCUCAAUUCUGAGAUUUCACACUUUGUACAUGUGAAACUGGACAAUCGAAGGAGCCUCAUUUUGUCAUAGAAAGUACCUUCGGUACCUUUCUAGAAGAUGACUUGCUUUUUCCACAAGAACAAGAGGAGGCAAAAACAAGACAUUCAAAUAGUAUACCAAGUUCCAUUAUUUCUGAAGUCCAGGGUAUUGGAUUCAAGAUGAAAUAACCAGUAAUCACAAUUAAAUCUUAAUUUUUCAUGUACCAUUUGUAGGAAUGAUUGGAAAUUGAUCUUUGUCAUCCUGAGUGCUUCAGAAGAACAUAGGGAAAAGGGUGCUGCAGAAGACAGGAGUCAUUACCUUGAGGUUUAGCAACAGGAGCCUAUUAUUUGUGGAUUGUCCCACCCUGCAUCAUGGUUCUGGGGGAACACGUUUUAUGAUUCUCAUGAGAUUCUAAGAUGCUGGCUGUCAGUAGUUGUGACUUUAAAAAAAAAAUUUAUUUAUUUAUUUAUUUUUGGCUGCAUUGGGUCUUCAUUGCUGUGCGAGGGCUUUCUCUAGUUGCAGCGAGCAGGGGCUACUCUUCAUUGUGGUGUGUGGGCUUCUCAUGGCAGUGGCUUCUCUUGUUGUCAAGCAUGGGCUCUAGGCACGUGGGCUUCAGUAGUUGUGGCACACGGGCUCAGUAGUUGUGGCACACGGGCUCAGUAGUUGUGGCUCGCAGGCUCUAGAGCACAGGCUCAGUAGUCAUAGCGCAUGGGGUUCGUUGCUCUGCUGCAUGUGGGAUCUUUCCGGACCAGGGAUUGAAACUGUGUCCCCUGGCUUGGCAGGUGCCAACCACUGCACCACCAGGGAAAUCCCAGUUGUGACUUUUAAAUCAUAUUUCCCUGCUCCAGGAAUGACAUCCUUAACUAUCAGUGGUACACAAUCAGGGUGCAUUGAAAUAGUGAGCAUCAGACACAAGGAUUACCAAUCUUGAUGGUGGAGGGGGUGGAAUCUUUGAGAUACUGUGCUCUUUCUGAAACUAUCAUCCUCCUUCUCCUAAUGAUGCUUGCUGUGGGGAGGUGAGACAGAGGGCUCCUACUACCGAGACCUUAGUUCAAGUGAGAUAUGUGGAAGCCUAGCUGCAGAAGGCAUGAGACUAUUUCACAGCAAAAGCCAAGGGAGGAGAGGUUAAUAUUGUGAUGUAGGAAAUAAAGAAGUAUCAAUAAAUGCAGGGUGAUGUCUUUCUUGGAUUUUGCUAAGCUUGGAAGUCCCCACUCCCCCCUCGAAAAAACCCCCAACCCAAACACUGAAAAGCUAGGACUGACUACAGAGCAUCUGCCGUCACUAUAGAUGCAACGCAGGGAGACAGUACAUGGGCAUCGUAUGGCAGUAGCUGAUGUGUGAAUUUGGGAUGUCUGUGGACAGAGAUUCAGCAUCCUCUGUCUAGCAAAAGA